AUGAGACGAAACCGCAUUCCCCAAUCAUUCAUCCGUUACUUUACAACCGACUGGAAGUACUCGGCUGAUUGGUUACUCCAAUGCCUACUAAUUCUUGAUUCAGAAAUUGAUGUCUGUGAUCUGAGCAAUUUCAUUGGGUCUUUUACUUUUAGGGAUCUUGCUAAGCUAUUAUUCUUCCAGCCCUCAGCAGUUUGGGGAGCAAGCCAAGUAGUAACUUGUACAUAG